CUGGACACACAGACACAGACAGACAGGAUGGACUUCCUCCGGCUACACCUCCCUGGGCUGCACCAGGCCUUGAGGGGGGCACUGGAUUCCCUCGGCACCUUUGUCUCCUACCUCUUGGGAGAUGCAGUCCCCACUGUAGAGCGGGAGGCACAGGCGGCUGAGGAACUGGGGGCGGUGGCCGUGGGAAGGACAGGGAAGAUUGUAGAGGAGGAAGCCCAGGAGGCCCUGGAGGGCCUUAGAGGCAGCCAAAACGAGGGGGCUGGAGGGCUGAGAGGGCCUGGAGAGGACAGAAGACGUGAAGCGGGGAGCUCAGCUGUGGAACAGACCUGGAGCUGGGGAGAUGGCAGCUCCCAUGGGUCCCAAGCAGAGAGGCAGGACAGUGGGGCUGGUGAGACAGCCAAGGCUGCCAGGUGCCAGGAGCCAAGUGCCCCCUUGGAGGCCAGAAAGAAAUCCAAGGCAGGGUCUGGGGCUUGCCAAGAGAGGAGCGGCCAAGCCCAGGAGAGGCAGGAGCCCGAUGAGCAGGAAGUGAACAGAGAGGAGAGGCUGAGAAUCUGGGAACAGGAGGAGGAGGAGGAAGAGGUCAGGGCAAGAGAGCCAGGGAUGGCCAGAGGGGCGGAGUCAGAGUGGACCUGGCACAGGGAGCCAGAGGGGAAGGCUGGUGCUGGCGGGCCAAAGGCGGCGGGGGACAACCGGGAGACGGAGCAGGGGGUCAGGAAGGCAGAUGCAGGGGAAACUGAGGAGCCUGGGGCCGAAGGGGCUGGGAAAGGAGAAGAGGUGGUGGUGGUGGAGAAGGCCUGUGAAAGCACUAGGGCAUGGGGGACGUGGGGCCCAGGGGCAGAGCCUGAGGACUGGGGAAUCUUAGGCAGAGAGGAGGCCAGAACAACCCCAGGCAUUGAAGAGGCGAGGACAAUUUUAGAUGGGGAGGAAGCCAGGACAAUCUCAGGUGAGGAGGAGGCCGAGACAGCCUCAGGCGGGGAGGAGGCUGGGACAGCCCCGGCCAGGGAGGAGGAGGCCGGGACAGCCUCAGGCGGGGAGGAGGCCUGGACAACCUCAGGCAAAGAGGAGGCUGACCUCCCGGGAGUCAGACAGACAGAAUAUGGAGCAGUCCCAGGAGAAAGGCUCCUAGAGGCUACUGGAAAAGUCUGGGUCCUAGAGGAGGAGGGGGAUGAGGAGAGAGAGGCUGAGGUGAGCCCUUUCCCCAAACAGGCCCAGGUCCUGGGCACUGAGAGAACAGAAGAGGCUGCUGAGAGCCAGACAGCAGGGAGGGAGGCUGUGGGAGGCCAGGAGGCAGGGGAGAGCUUUGAGGGUCAGGCGGACCUGUGUGGGAAGGAGGCUGAGAUGAGAUGGGACUUGGAGAUCAGGGCCGACUGGGCCAGGCUGGAGGAGCUGGUACAGGCAGAGGAGGCCCAGGAGGAGAGAGGGAGUGGCAGGGAUCUAGCGGCUGAGCUCCGCUCAGAUGGGGAGGCUGAAGGCGCUGCUGACUUGGAGGUAACUCCAGAGGCCAGGCCCGAGGAGGAGCUCACAGGGGAGGAGAGCGAGGCGGCCCAGACUAGCUACGGCCCACUGGGGGUGAAAUGGGGUGGCCUCACACACAGGGUCACCAAAGGCCAGGGACCUGAGCUGAUAGGAGGUGCCCAGACCCCAAGUAAGCAACCCGAGGAAAGAGAGGCAGGUGAGGUGGAGCUCCAGGAAGUUCUGGCCCGGAGCAAAGAGGAGCAGGAGAGGAGCCUAGAGGCAGGUCCCAGGCACGCGGAGUCUGUAAAGCCCGAGGCCUCCGAGGCCUUCCCAGGAGCCUGGGAAAACCGCACGAGAAGGGACAUGGAGAGAGGAAAUACCCAGGAGGAUGCGGCUGAUGGCGAGCAGUGGGAGGAGGAGGUUGCGGGAGGCCAGACCCUGGUGGCUGAGGCCGAAGGAGACCAAGAGUCUGAACUAUCAGAAGUCCCAGAGGCAGGCGGGGAGGGGCUGACAACCCAGGACACGGGAUGUGGAAUUGAGAAGGGAGAGGCAUCUGUCUCAGAGAACCAGGAUCUGGAUGGAAGCACAGGAGCAGACGCAGGGCCUGGCCUGUCACUGGGAGAGGCCUAUGCCAGAGAAACCAAGGAUGGGGAGGCGGAGGCUGACAGAACACCCAGGAGAGGCUGGAGGCUGCAGGCGGUGGCUGUGGACCUCCAGGACCGUGAGGACGCACAGACUGGCACUGUGGCUGCUGAGGUUAUGGGGGGUGAGGUGGACCCAGACGUCAGCGCUGCUGGUGCUGGUGAAGCUUUGGAAGGGGCGCUUGGGCAAGGCUGGGACUUGAAAGAAAGGGAAGAGACAGCAGCAGGAGAGCAUGCAGGUGGGCAGGAAUUUGGCCUGGAGGGCUCAGCAGAGGAAGAGGUGGCAGGCAGAGGUGGCCAAGCAGAGGCUUUUGAGGCCAGGGAGGGAGGACCUGGGGGAGGACGGGUAGAGGCAGAGGAAUCUGCAGGUGCAGAGGACAGCUGUGGGCUGGAUCACGUGGGCUCCCAGACAGCGAGGGCAGACGGGAUGGGAGCCACGGUGGAGGCUGCAGGGCUUCUAGAAGAGUGGAUGCUGUUGGAAGAAAAGGCUGUGGGAUGGCAGGAGAGAGAACAGAGGGAAGACAGUGAGGGGCGGCGUGGGGACCACCACCCUGAGGGAGAGGCACCAAGGCUCCUUGAUGCAGAGGGUCUCAUGGUGACCGGGGGCUGGAGGGCAGAGGCCAAGGAGACUGAGCCAGAAAGCCUGGAAGACGUCAGGGGCCAGGAGGAGUGGCCAACACACCAGGCCCCUGCAGAAGCUGCGCCAGGGUCAGUCGGGGAAGCCGAGACGGCUGAGGCCACAGGCAGUGCCAGAGGAGGUGCUGCCAGCAGCUGGAGUGAGGCCCCGCUCCCUGGGUCCCUCCUAGACGUCUCUGUCCCAAGGAGCCGCGUGCAGCUCUCGAGAAGCUCCUCACAACGUCGCUCCCGGCCCUCUUUUCGUCGGACUCCAGCCCUGGAGCAGCAGGAGGAGCCCCCAGCCCCCAAUCCUCCUGAGGAGGAACUGUCGGCCCCUGAGCAGAGACCCCUCCAGCCGGAGGAACCCCCAGAGCCAAGCCCUCUGAGGCAUGAUGGGACCCCGGUGCCAGCCAGGAGAAGGCCCCUGGGACAUGGGUUUGACCUCAUGCACCCCGGCAUGAUGCAGGAGCUGCAAGCCCGUCUGGGCCGGCCUAAGCCCCAGUGACUGAAACCCGGCGCUCUGGGAGCCAGGCCCUGAGUGGGGGCCACUCAGGGCUUCGACGCCACUGAGCCCUGCUCCCUCUGCCACCGUGGACACAUCCUCUCCACCCUCUGGGCCUCAGCGUCUUGAUGUAUCAUUCAUGCAGCAGGCAAAACCAGACGUCUGGGAAGACCUUGACUUAAGGAGUCUGAUUCUCCAACACAGGCUGGUGGACCACCUACUCCACUGAGACCACGUCUCAGGGUGCCUGCCCUGGUUCCUCUCCAGACUGAGUCAGCUAUCUGGACUGCAUGGAGGCUGGGCACGGGGGCUCAUGCCUGUCACUCCAGAGCUUUGGGAGGCCAAGGUGGGAGGAGCGCUUGAGACCAGGAGUUCGAGACCAGCCUGGGCAACAUAGCAAGACCCCCAUCUUUUAAAAGCAAAAUAAAAAAAAUAAAGACUGCAAGGAAGGCUGAGAGGGAACAGCGA